ACUUUCCCCCACCUCUUCACGCCCACCCACCCCUCUCUCUCUCUCCUUGUUUUUUCCUCUCACUCGUCACAUGCAUAUUGUUCUCUACUUGGAUGGGUUCUAGGAUUAGCCCUCUCUGACUAACAAGCAGUAGCUCCGAGAUCAAAAUUUGAGCUCAAUUCAAGUAAUCAGUUCGGUUAUUUGAGCUCGUACUCCUGUGUUUUGGAGAUGGAGAAGCUCAACUUUGUUAAGAAUGGUGUUCUGAGAUUGCCGCCUGGCUUCCGCUUCCACCCCACGGACGAAGAACUCGUAGUUCAGUACUUGAAGCGCAAGGUGUUUUCAUACCCUUUGCCGGCUUCAAUCAUCCCCGAGUUCGAUGUCUGCAAAUCCGACCCUUGGGACUUGCCAGGUGAGUUGGAGGAGGAGAGGUACUUCUUCAGCACCAGGGAAGCCAAGUACCCAAAUGGGAACCGCUCCAACAGGGCCACCGGUUCUGGGUACUGGAAGGCCACCGGCAUAGACAAGCAAAUUGUGGGUUCCAGGAUCAAACAGGUGGUGGGCAUGAAGAAAACUCUGGUUUUCUACAGGGGGAAGCCUCCUCAUGGCUCUAGGACUGAUUGGAUCAUGCACGAAUACCGCCUCGUCUCUCCUGAAACUACAGCCCCACAGAAGAACGACGCAUCAUCAGCAGCAACUCAGAGCUGUAUGCAAGAUUGGGUACUUUGCCGCAUAUUUCUGAAGAAAAGGAGCACCAAAAAUGGCGAAGAGGCUACGGAAUCUCACAACUUUAAAGCAGUGGGGAAUCUUGGCAAGGCUAGGCUUGUUUACUACGAUUUCCUGGCAAAGGAGAGGACGAAUUUGAAUCUUGCCCCGGCUUCCUCGUCUUCGGGUUCGAGUGGCGUCACAGAGGUCUCCUGUCAUGGAGCGGAUGACCUUGAAGAAAGCAGUUGUUGCAAUAGCAGUUUUUCCUCUUUGAGAAGAAAACCUUAACUAGCACGAUUUCAAUUAAAUUUUAUCUGUAAUUCAGCUUCUUCCGAAACGCCAAGCAAAUAACCAUCUUGGAGGUCUGAUUGUUCUUAUGAGAAAGAGACAUCGAAAGAAUAAAAAAAAGAAAAAAGAAAAAAAGAAAACAGAAACGGAUCUGGAAAGAAAAGAAAGAAAUCGGCGUCAAGUGUUGUCUGUAAUUUGGAGAGCAAAAGCAUCAUGCAAUGCAUGUUUACCACAGAUGCUACUGUGUACUCCAUUCCAGGGUCGGUUGCAAACCUAGUGAUGAUGAUGAUGUGAUGAUGUUCUUCCCUUUUAAUAUACAUCUAAACUUGUUUUUAACCACAAAA